CGGGGCGCGGCGGCCAUGCAGGCGGCAGGCGCAGACGCAGGCGCGGGCGGCGGGGCGGGCGCUGCGGACCACGGCCCGGACGGCCAGGACCGUCGCGGUGGCCGGGGCGGCCCCGGCUUUCCCGGCGGCGCGGGCGAGGCCGCUGCUACCGCCGCCGGCAGGGCUCGGCCCGUCUCGCGCGCACGGCACGUCCCGGAGCCGGGCGGAGACGCCGCUGCCACGACUGGACGGCGGGAGACCCGAAGACACGGAUUUGCCCUCUGCGUCCCUUUUCCAUCCUGCUUGGAGGCGGAGAUCGCCUGUGGGUCCCUGGCCCCAGAUGCCGAGCCCCACAGAAAGGCUGUCGAGAAGCAGCUCACCGUGAGCGGCAGCGUCCUGGCCGUCCGCUGGAGAGCUGAGGAUCCUCGCCUCCUGCGAAUUUCCGUCCUCAACUUCCUGGACCACCUUUCCCUGGUGAUGCGGACCAUGCGGCGCUUUGGGCCCCCCAUUUCCCGCUAAGCCUGGGCUGGGGAGAGGGGCUGAAGUCUAUCGUGUCCCUCCCCGGGGACUGCGUCCUUCCCGGGACAGGGACUCCUGUCGUACCUGCUGCCCCUGUGUUAGGAGGGCCUAAUCCUCUGAGGCUAACGGCCCCAGGGCACUCAGGGCCCCUUUGUUUUGUUUUGUUUUGUUUUGUUUUGUUUGCCGCUUAAACGGUCAGUCACUGCAGACCAUUAAAGGGAGCUGAGCUGUG